AUCUUACACCAACAACACAAACUCAAACUCAGAUUCCUUUGAUUGCUCUCUCGAAGAUGGCUGGUUCUAGGAAGCGUUCAUCAGCCAACAACAGACUUGCUUCAAGUCGUUCUUCUGGAAAGGAUAAGGUUGCUGAUGCUCGAAAAUAUGGUGAAGCCUUGGUGGGUUCAAGGAUUAGAGUUUGGUGGCCGUUAGACCGCAAAUUCUAUAAGGGUGUGGUGGAUUCCUAUGUCUCUUCCAAGAAGAAACAUCGGGUUUUCUAUGAAGAUGGUGAAAAAGAGACCUUGGAUUUGAAGAAGGAAAGAUGGGAGUUGAUUGAAGAAGAUGAUGCUGAAACUGAAUCUGAUGAGAUCUCCCUACAGGAUGAAUCUGCUGAUGAGAGUUCUGAGGGUACUCCAGAACCGCCUAAAGGGAAAGGGAAGUCAUCCUUAAAAGGAAGGACAGAUGAUGCUAUGCCGAAAAAGAGACGGAAGAUAGAUUCUUCAUCAAAGAGCAAGUCCAAAGAGGUGGAGAAGAAGACCUCGAAGUCUGACACUGAGAAAAAUGGCAAAAUGGGUGAUAUCGGGGGUAAGAUUGUAGCAGCGGCCUCACGCAUGAGUGGAAGAUUCCGAAGCAAGGGGAAUAACAAUGAAAAAGAGACAUCCAAGUCCUUGAAAAAACCGAGGACUUCUACCAAAAUAGCCAAAAGGAAUGACUCUGAUGAUGAUAAUGAUGCUUCAAGCGAAGAGGCCAAGCCCAAGGCCAUGAAGUCCAGCAACUCCAACGCUGAUGAAGAUGCGGAAAAUAAUACUACUGAUGAAGAGGCUUCGAAAUCCAGCAACUCUAACACUGACAAAGAGGAAGGGGCUGAUACUGAGAAUGAAACUUCUGAAGAUGAGGCCGAGCUCAAGGCCUUGAAACCCAGCAACUCCAACGCUGGUGAAGAAGAAGAUGAUGCUGAGAAUGGAACAUCUGCUGAUGAGUCCAAAGCCAAGACCUUGGAGAAUGGUCAGGAGAAAAAGUUAGCAAAACCGAGCACAACCUCGGAAAAGACUAAGAGCAAUAGCUCUGAUGAUCAAAAUGGUGAAGAAGAAGAUGCUGUGGAUGAAACGUCUGAUGAGGAGGCCAAGCCCCUAGUGAGUUUUUUGCAGAAAACCCCAGAGGCCAUUGAAGCUAUGAGGGAAAAACUGAAGGGGAAGAAGGAGGAAGAGGAAGGAGAAGAAAAUUCUGGAGAAGAACCAGAAGCAGAAGAAGAUUCGUCUUCGGAAUAGUCUUGCCAGAAAGAUAAAACCCUUGAAAAAAUAGACUUAAGAAAUAAGUAAAAGUGUCGCGGUCUGUCUCUAUGUGCAGGUACCAUAGGAGACAGUUAAUGUGUUAGGAAGCCAUUGUUAAAGGGUGUGGUUUCAUUUUUAUUUAUACAGAGAAUUCUUGUUUCGUUUAAUUUAGGGUUUUAGAGUGUUAGGCUAUUUUGCUUAACUAAAAUAUGUAGCCAAAGGGGGGGAGGGAUUGGAAAGUCUUUUGAACUAUGAAUGUGAAUGAAUGCUUUCCAUUAAA